UUGCUAUCAGUUUCACAGUCGCUCUGGUCGUGUUCGGUCGUAUACACCAGGCGGCGCACUCAUAAAUAUUAUUCUUUAAAACAUCAAACCAGCAACUCCUUAGCCUCCGUAUUAUUUUAACAAUUUUGUACAACACAACCGUGUUUAUUUUGCAAUAACGUUUCGCGUGCUACAGAAGGUUGCCGUACAGUGUUGUGAAAUUAGAUUCGCUUUCGGGCAUGCGAGUUGUAUAAUUCGUACUUUAUUGAGGAUAGGUUUACAAGUGUAGAAUAUCCAGUCAAGUGAUGUGGUAAAAGACCUCGCCAUGUUGUCUAUGGAAUCGUUGUGGUGUUCCUCGGAGAGCGAGCUGUCCAGUCUUAAGAUUGCGAAGACCGUUGAAAGACCUGAGUACAGAUUUUCGAGAAGACGAUCAUCUAAGAGUUUAAUACCUCAGGCUCUUUUGCACUGUCCGGAGCCACAACCGAGAGCUCACCGCCGACGAAGAUCUGGCACUUGGCCGAGGACCAGAUCUCUGAACGCACCGUCUCCAAUCCAGCAGUUUGGACCAUGUGGCAGGAUAAUGAAAAACUCGGCAAUGGUUAUGCAAAUCCAGGACCCGGCGUCACAGCGGCUGACUUGGUACAAACCUCCACUGACGGUGCUCGUCAUCAAGAAGGUGCACGACGCCAGCAUACUGGCAUCUUUCGUGCAGCUCGUGCACUGGCUUGUACAUGACAAAAGUAUGGUAGUUUUCGUGGAAGCGGCGGUAUUAGAUGACACAUUACUGGCUGAGUACGGAGACUUCGCGUCGGUGCGGGAGCGGCUGAUGACCUUCCGCGCUGGCACCGACGACCUUACCGACAAGAUUGACUUCAUUAUCUGCCUCGGAGGAGACGGCACACUGCUGCAUGCCAGCUCACUCUUCCAGCAAUCCGUCCCUCCAGUGAUGGCUUUCCACUUGGGUUCCCUCGGGUUUCUGACGCCUUUUGAAUUCAACAAUUUUCAAGAUCAAGUUAUGAAUGUAUUAGAAGGUCAUGCAGCGUUAACGUUGCGAUCGCGUCUGCAGUGUGUGGUGCUGCGUAAGACGAGCAGCGAGGAUAAGAACAAGAAGAAGCCGACCACUAUAUUGGUGCUGAACGAGGUGGUGGUCGACAGAGGACCUUCGCCAUACCUCUCCAACAUCGACUUAUUCCUCGAUGGCAAACAUAUCACCUCCGUACAGGGCGACGGUCUGAUAGUAUCAACGCCGACUGGCAGCACAGCAUACGCGGUGGCGGCUGGCGCCAGCAUGAUACACCCCUCAGUACCCGCCAUCAUGGUGACACCCAUCUGCCCCCACUCGCUCUCCUUCCGCCCCAUUGUGGUGCCCGCGGGCGUCGAACUCAAGAUAACUCCUAGCCUAGAGGCGCGUAAUGUCGCCUGCGUUUCAUUCGACGGUCGCUCGCAGUUGACACUUAGACCAGGCGAUAGCCUAUAUGUGACGACAUCAGUGUACCCAGUGCCGUCGAUAUGCGCACAGGACCAAAUCUCCGACUGGUUCGACUCACUGGCUGAAUGCUUGCACUGGAACGUACGGAAGAAGCAGAAGCAAAUCGACGAGCUAAGUGACAUGACGCACUCAUCCAGCGAUACACUCGAGGAACUAGACGCAAACCACCACGAUGACAGGCCCGCGGACACGUGACCGUACCAUAGACAAUAUUUGCAUGAACGAUUGAUAGACUGGAGGAUUUCGUUGUCUAUGGCCUCAAUGAACGGUAUAAUAGCAAUAAAAUAUUUUUAAUGAAGCACAGCUCUAAUAUUGUGUCAAAAAUAUACUUGCUUUGUUUCAACAAACAAGGUUCAACGGAUAUUUAUUUCUAUUGUUACUAUAAGUAUCAACUAGUUAUCGACGAUUAUGAAUAAAAUAAAUGCUUUGACA